UCUCUUAAGAACCCACGUCCGUGCCCUUCAAGCGAAGGAACUGGGCAAAACCUAGGUAGCUAAUAAGGUAUAAUUAAGAGAAAGAAGAGAGAAAUAUACAUAUUGGAGGAUAUGCCAGGAGGUGGACAAGUGACAGUUCCUCCGGGUUUCCGGUUUCACCCAACUGAGGAAGAACUUCUUUACUAUUACCUCAGGAAGAAGGUCUCUUAUGAAGCCAUUGACCUCGACGUCAUCAGAGAAGUUGAUCUUAACAAACUUGAGCCCUGGGACCUCAAAGAAAAGUGUAGGAUUGGAUCAGGGCCACAGAACGAGUGGUAUUUCUUCAGCCACAAGGACAAGAAGUACCCAACAGGAACAAGAACAAAUAGGGCAACCACUGCUGGGUUUUGGAAAGCCACAGGAAGGGAUAAAGCCAUUUAUCUCACUAAUUCCAAGAGGAUUGGCCUCAGAAAAACCCUCGUCUUCUACACUGGUCGUGCUCCUCACGGCCAAAAGACUGAUUGGAUCAUGCACGAGUAUCGCCUUGACGAAGAUGACCUCCACGUUCAGGAAGAUGGAUGGGUAGUGUGUAGGGUUUUCACGAAGAAGAAUCUCAACAGAGGCUACCUGCAACCAGAAAAGGAAGAGGAAGAGUACUUAGCUACUCAAAUGAGAACAAGAAGCGGAUCAAACCAGCAGGUAUUAGACCCAAGACAGCACUACCAUCACCGUCACCAUCAUCACAUGCAAGCACUAUAUGAUCAUCAUAACUAUAGCCUUGAUGGAUCAAUCCACCUACCCCAAUUGUUCAGUCCUGAAUCUGCAGUAUUACCCAACGCCAUGGACGAAGUAGUCGAAUGCUCUCACAACUUGUUGAAGCUUACAAGUGGCAGUAAUAAUGGCGGCUGCGGACUCAAUCUUAAUCUCAGUAACUAUAAUGAUGAUCACUGGUCUUUCUUGGACAAGCUUCUUGCUUCACACCACCACAGAUUCAUUCCUUCUUCAAAUGAUCAUUCUGGUGUUGUGGCUUCUUCGACCCACCAGCAAUUCCCAGCUGUUCAUUACCUUUCUGGUUGUGACACUACCCGUGACAUUCUCAGGUUCUCCAAGUAGAAAGCAAGUGACGCACAUAUUCACCAAAACUAAUCCCAUUUUCAUGGAUUAUAUACGUAUAUGCAUGAAAGGGAACAUAUGUGACGUGUGGCUCCAUUAUAUAAGAUACUCGAUGAGAUACUGUUAUUAGUUUGAUAUACCUUUGUACUGCUUUUUUGAGCAUAUCAGAUUUGUGUCUCCAGUAAUAUAACUAUAUAGCCAAUUUCUUAGGCAUGGCAUGCUGAUAAAUUAGAAAGAAAUUUGCCAUAAAACUUGUAUAAAAGAUGAAGACUUAUAUUUGGUGCUCA